CCCAGAAGAUUUCUGCACCAUGAUUCGAGUUCUUCUCCUGUGUGUCUGCGUGGCCGCUGUUUACAGUGCUUAUCCUGGAGGAUAUAUACCUGGCAGGAGUAGAAUUAACAAUGGAGGAGGCGGUAUUCGAUGGGCUGGUCACCAGCCAGGAGGAUCCGGGGGGAGAAUCGCAGGUAGACGACCUGGAUGGAAUAGCAACAAUGACAACGGAUUUAACGGAUUCAAUAACGAUAAUGGAAUAAACGGACGUGAUGGAUUCAAUAAUGAUAACGGAUUUAACGGACAUAAUGGAGGAAUAAAUAAUGGGCGGAAUGGAGGAUCCGGAUGUGGACCGUACGGAUGUGGAGCAAACGGAUACAACGGAUAUAAUGCAGGGAAAUAGAUCAAUACUAAGACCGAAGCUGUACUGGAUUGGAGAGAAGAUAUUAUUUUAUUAUUCAUGUACAUUUGUUUUGGAAAAUAAAGAUCCAAAUCUGUAUCAAUCUGUCACUAUAUUAAUGUCCAUUGAAAAGAGAGACUAUAUCAUGUGCACAGUUUCGUUCUGUACUCUGCUAUACUUGUACAUUGUACAUGUCCUUGUAUGCCCUCGUACAAGAGGAAGUGGUUGC